AUGGAAUUUCCUGCUGCAGACGUUCAAGUCCUUGUCACUCAGAUUGCAGACAUAUUGAGGGCAAGAAAUGAGACCUUGGCGAUUUCAGAAGCAGCAUGUGGUGGUUUAUUGUCUGCGUACAUUGUAUCCGUUCCUGGCGCUUCAGACUUCUAUAUAGGAGGGAAGUUAUUAUACCUGUUAAAACAAAGACUUAAACUCUCUGGCUGGUCAGAGACUGAUAUUGCAGAUUAUAUGGGUCCUUCCGAACAAGUUGCAUUGAAAUUGGCGAGAACUACGAAGUAUGAGCUUGGUUCUACAUAUGUCCUUUCUGAAACUGGAUUUGCGGGUCCUUCUGCUGACUUACAUUUGCUGGUUACUCCAGGCUCGGAUGAGAUAGGUAAGGUCUACUUGGGUCUCAGUGGUCCUAAUGGCGAGUCUUCUUGUAGUAGAAACACAAAUUGUCGAAUAAGAUCCCAGAAUAUGACCCAAUUUGCAAAAAUGGGCCUUGAGUUUCUAUUAGAUGAAUUAAGAGAUAUUGAUGUAUGA